GAGUGAAAUGGGCUUUGACUUUGACGGCUGCAUCCGAGAAGUUCCGGGCAUCUCUGUGGACUGCUUUACCAAACACAAGUUUGAUGAAUGCUCCACCUUUUUCCUGUCUCACUGCCACUCAGACCACAUGACAGGUCUGUUUGAUGGAUUUCUAUCUAACUUCCAAUCAAAUAAAAAACUCAAACUGUUCUGCACUGUGGAGAGUGAGAUUAUUCUGAGGAAUAUGGCCUCAAUUGACGGAAUUGACGCAACUGCAGCUUUGAACCGAACUGUGACGAAAAUGGUGUUUGAUCGAGAAUACGACCUCGACAUCGAUGGACUUCCAGUAACAGCCACUGCGAUAAGGGCAAAACACUGCGCAGGAUCAUGCAUGUUUCUGUUUAAGACUGAAUACAGCAAUGUGCUCUACACUGGCGAUUUCCGCUACUACCCAAAGCAGCUGAGACAUAUCUCUGCUCUUCGCGACUUCCACAUAUAUAAAAUUCCACUGGACACCAUCUACCUUGAUACGACUUUCUUGUUGGGGAGACUCCAAUCCUACCCAACCAAAAAACGAGCUUUUAGAUUUAUCAAAAAAGAGAUACGCCAAUUCAGACAGAAAAACCCCAAUGGAAUCGUGCACAUCAAAAGACCAGCAAAUCUGGGCUCGGAACUGAUGAUUAGAGUGUUGGCCAGAGUGUUUAAAACUAAAAUCCACGUCGAGGACAAGUUGUGCGAGCUGUAUAAGGACAUCGACUACGUGCGUCCCUUCUUAACGAAUGACCCGUCCGAAACUUUCAUACACUUGUUGCCGAUGGUUUGUGUUUCAAUUCUCAUGGUUGUUCGUUAUUCAUUUUUAUUGGAUUUAACGUCAUAG